CUCCAGGCUGCCUCACUGGGUGUCUUGUCUUCUGUCUUGGCUAUCUCAGGUCUAUUCCAGGAAGGUUCCUCCACUGGCUGUGAACAAGGUUUCCUUCACUGUUCAAGCAGAGGAGUGCUUUGGUCUUCUUGGCCUCAAUGGAGCCGGGAAAACUACCAUUUUCAAGAUACUGACUGGGGAAGAGUCUAUCACCUCUGGGGACGCCUUUGUCAACAGCAUCAGCCUCAGCUCUGACUUGAGGAAGGUGCGACAGUGGAUCGGCUACUGUCCCCAGGUUGAUGCCCUGCUGGACCACAUGACGGGCAAGGAGACGCUGGUCAUGUUCUCCCGGCUCCGGGGUAUCCCUGAGCGUCACAUCAGCUCCUGUGUGGACCAAAUUCUUGAUGACUUGCUCAUGUACACGUACGCCGACAAAUUGGUGAGGACCUACAGUGGCGGCAACAGGCGGAAGCUGAGUGCCGGCAUUGCCCUGCUGGGAGAGCCUGUGGUCAUCUUCCUGGACGAGCCAUCCACUGGCAUGGACCCUGUGGCCCGGCGUCUGCUCUGGGGCACUGUGGCACGGGCCCGAAAGUCCGGCAAGGCCAUCAUCAUCACCUCCCACAGCAUGGAGGAGUGUGAAGCCUUGUGCACCCGGCUGGCCAUCAUGGUACAGGGUCAGUUCAAGUGCCUGGGCAGCCCACAGCACCUCAAGAGCAAGUUUGGCAGCGGCUACUCCCUACGGGCCAAGAUCCGGAGUGACGGGCAGCAGGAGACACUGGAGGAGUUCAAGGCGUUUGUGGGCCUGACCUUCCCAGGCAGCGUCCUGGAGGAUGAGCACCAAGGGAUGGUCCAUUACCACCUGCCUGGCGAUGACCUCAGCUGGGCGAAGGUGUUCGGCAUUAUGGAGCAAGCCAAGGUGACAUACAUGUUGGAGGACUACUCAGUCAACCAGAUCUCCCUGGAGGACAUCUUCCUGAGCUUCAGCUGCCCUGUGCCCCCUGCCCAAGGGAGUAACAGACAAGAGAGGGCCAAGCCCGCAGACCUCGCGUUUCCCAGUCCACCUCUCUCUCCCUCUUCUUCCCAGCGACCGUCUCCACCUCCCACUCCACCCCCUACUCCAUGUUCCUCUCAGCAUUUCUCCCAGCCUCUCUCCUGGCCUCCCACUCCAAUUCCCUUCAGUUCUUCAUCCCAGCCACCGUCUCUGCCUCGCUCUCCACCUGCCUCCCAGCCUCCCUCACCACAUCCCUCAAAGACUGCCUUGCUGUAAUAAAGAGUUCCCUGUGCCAGGUUA